AUGGCACUGCGGUUCGAGGCCCUGUACCCGGAGGGGAUGUGUCCCGGCUGGAGCGUUGUGGUCAAGGGUGAAACCAGCUCCAGCACCAGCAUGUUCGAAAUUAAUUUCCUCAGUCAUCCCGGAGACCAGAUCGCUUUCCACUUUAACCCCCGCUUUGCCAGCUCCAGAAUUGUCUGCAACUCCUUCCUGGCCAACCACUGGGGGAAGGAGGAGGUGAACAAAACCUUCCCCUUCGAAGCCAAGGAACCUUUCCAGGUUGAAAUCUAUUCUGACCAGGACUAUUUCCACAUUUUCAUUGAUGAAAACAAAAUCCUGCAGUUUAAGCAUCGGCAAAAACAGCUUUCAUCCAUCACCAAGCUGCAGAUUCUCAAUGAUAUUGCCAUUUCAUCUGUGGAAAUCACCAGACGAGGCCUUUAUUAG